UUUUCAGAGGUGAUCGAAAUCGGAAGUGAACAGAAGUAAACUGAACGUUGUGUUGCUUGUUGAUUUGAAAACAUAGUUAUUACUUAUAUUUUGUGUACUAUUCCUGAGAAAAGUUUUGCAUUAUCUAUUUCAUUCGUAACAGAAAUUCAUCAAAAUGUCUUCUUUAACUAAGCCAAAAUCUGAAAUGACUCCUGAGGAAUUAGCAAAAAGAGAGGAAGAAGAAUUUAACACUGGACCACUUUCAGUAUUAACUCAAUCUGUGAAAAAUAAUACGCAAGUUUUAAUUAAUUGUAGAAAUAACAAAAAAUUAUUAGGAAGAGUAAAAGCAUUUGAUAGACAUUGUAACAUGGUUUUAGAAAAUGUAAAAGAAAUGUGGACUGAACUUCCACGUACUGGUAAAGGGAAAAAAAAGGCAAAACCAGUAAAUAAGGAUAGAUUUAUUUCAAAAAUGUUUUUGAGAGGUGAUUCUGUAAUUUUAGUUCUACGAAACCCUUUAGCAACAGCAUCAGGAAAAUAAUUUUACCAAUAUCUUCACUAUUUUAUAACUUAUAAAUAAGAAAUAUGAAUUUGAAAUAAAUUUUUUAAUUUAAACUAUAAA